AGUGCCGAUAUUAGGUCGCAUUUGGAGAAGAUUGCUUAUCUCCUACAUCCCACCAAGAGUGUUAGGUGGGGCUAACGGAAUUUCCAAUUUUUCUCACUAUUGUUGCAUUUACGUUGCAAGUUUGGGUUCCGGGGGAAAAAUAGCUACACGUAAAACGUGGCAGAAUUGAAGAUGAUGCGCUGAUCAACUAAAAUAAAGAAGACCAUUUGUACAAUGUCUGCCUAAGAAAUGGGCUUUCCAGAUGCAUGAUCUGUCAGAUAAUUUUCACCGGGCACGGAGUGAAGGAGCGUCUGCUUAUCGCGGGUCCCGAGCACCGUAGAGGACGCUUUCGGAUCCAGGGUUCGCUUUCAAUGUCUGACAAGAGUUUAUAGAGACCCUCAGAAAUAUUAUUUUCGCUGACUUGGGCCGAAUACUUGGACACGGAGUGUGACUUUUACACUGUUGCCUGAAAAAAUAUAUAAAUAAAUCGACAGAGAGAAACGGGACGUAAAAGUUGUCAGGAAUCUGCGUUGUAUUGACAGUAGAGCGUUUGGAGAGGUGUGAGGUUUCAGUCGCAUUUUGAGUCAGGAGUUCUGCCAUUUUCUAUACUUUCCGUUGGCUUUCUUGCUGACCCAGCUGUCAACCCGGUGAUCACUCAUUUUUUUGUCCGUUUUGCAUACUGAAAAAGACGCCAAUUCGUUUGGGACUGAUGUGCAUCGAAAAGCUUGUAAAUCUGUCCAUUUAGUCAGCUCAUUAAAACUCCCGCAUCAUCAACUUUUUUUCUGCAACUCUGCCCCCGGUCUCAUCAAAUUUAGAUUACCAGUCGCAUCUUAAACCCAAUCCAGAAGCCAUCCCCGAACUUGUUGAACACUCAUUAAGACUGGGUCACCGUAACGGCAAAUUUCUCAAGGAGUCUUAAAUUAAGGCAGGCGGGGGCGGAAGAACAAUGACCGACCGCCAACAAACCUGAAGCCGCGGUUUAUUCAUCGACAGCGCGUUCGGAGUCCGCCUCAAGGACCUGCUACCCGCUGCCGUAGGUGAUCGCCCCCUACUGGCGGGCUGCUGGGGAGCCUUACUGGGAAGUUGGCAUGCAGGCGUGGCUGCAGGGAUCUCCCCUCAACACCGGCUGGAUUCUAUAAAAUUUGCGUGCUCCGCUCGUGUCUGUCCGCUUGACUGGCGACCCCCCCUCCCCCUCCCCCAACGACACGCCCACUGAGCCACCGGACAGGAAACGCGGGAAGGCGGCUGCCAUGUGCGCAGCCGUGCUGCUGGCCCUGCAGGCCGUGUGGGCGGGCGUGGGUCACGCCAUGCAGCACUACCCGUCAGCAUGGGGGCACUACGACGUGUGCAAGUCGCAGGUCUACACGGAAGACGGCCUGAGCUGGGAUUACAUGGCGUGCCAGCCGGAAGCCACCGACAUGACCAAGUACGUCAAGGUGGCCGUGGACCCGCCCAACAUCACGUGCGGCGACCCGCCAGAGACGUACUGCGCGCUGGAAAACCCUUACAUGUGCAAUAAUGAAUGCGACGCCAGCACCACAGAGCUGGCCCACCCGCCUAGCCUGAUGUUCGACUUUGAGGGCCGAAACCCCACAACCUUCUGGCAGUCGACGUCUUGGAAGAAAUACCCAAAACCGCUUCAAGCGAACAUCACCCUGUCGUGGAACAAGACCAUCGAGCUGACGGAUGACAUCGUCCUCACCUUCGAGUCGGGUCGCCCCGAGCAGAUGGUGCUGGAGAAGUCCCUGGACUACGGGAGAACGUGGCAACCAUACCAGUUCUAUGCCACGGACUGCCUGGACGCAUUCACCAUGGAGCCCAAAACGGUGCACGAGCUCACUCAGCAGACGAUGCUCAACAUCAUCUGCACAGAGGACUACUCUAGGGGCUACGUGUGGAAGUACGACAAGACCGUGCGCUUCGAGAUCAAGGACCGCUUUGCCCUGUUCGCUGGGCCACGACUACACAACAUGGCCUCUCUCUACGGCCAGCUGGACACCACCAAGAAUCUGAGGGACUUCUUUACCAUCACAGACCUCAGAAUAAAACUACUCAGGCCGGCCACUGGAACCACCAUGGUGGAUGAGAACAACUUGUCCAGAUACUUUUAUGCAAUAUCUGACAUCAAAGUACAAGGAAGGUGCAAGUGCAACCUUCACGCCAACAGCUGCAUCUUCAACGAACACAAGCUGACGUGCGAGUGCGAGCACAACACCACCGGCCCCGACUGCGGCAGGUGUAAAAAGAACUACCAGGGCCGCGCCUGGAACGGGGGCUCCUACCUGCCCAUCCCCAAGGGGACGGCCAAUAUCUGUAUUCCCAAUAACCUUGGUCCAGUUAGCUGCGAAUGCAACGGCCACUCCAACCGGUGCAGUUACAUCGAGCUGCUAAACACAGUCAUUUGCGUGAGCUGUAAGCACAACACUAGGGGGCACCACUGCCAGUUGUGCAAACUCGGCUACUACAGAAACGCCUCGGCACAGCUGCACGAUGAGAAUGUUUGCGUAGAGUGCAAUUGUAAUCCCUUUGGCUCCGACGGGGAUCACUGUAACAGCACCGGAUUUUGUAAAUGUAAAGCAGGAGCGACGGGCACUAAGUGUCAGGAGUGUCUGCCCGGAUACUUGUGGAGCAGUGGCUGUAAAUCUCGAGUGUGCGACAACAUGAUGCUCCGUUGCCAGAACGGCGGCGUUUGCCACGGCAACCUGCGCUGCCAGUGCCCGGCAGGAUUCAGCGGCUUGCUGUGCGAGAAGCCGCGGUGCGCAGGUGAGCCAGGCGGCUGUGACGAGGGCUCCAUUUCCGGGCACGCCAAUCCCAUUGGCCACUGCUGCCUGGGACCCCUGCUCUCACUGGCCCUCCUAGUCUGCGCCCUUCUCCCAAGAGCCCGCCUUGACGCGGAACUUUGAGCUGGAUCGGGUACGCGCCAACAAGGACGCAAGGGAAAAAAAAAAUAAAACGGACAAUAGGAAUGAUGUCACGGGCGGGACACAACAAGGAACGUCCCGGAAAGAAUGUGAACGACCGUUUUAAAGAAUUUACGAUGAAAUUUACAAUUGCACACAAGACCCAUUGAAACUAGCUACUAAGCAUUUGCUGUGAAAAAAAAAUAAAGCCCACUUGGCUGCUGGAAGUCGACUAACUAAAGCAUCAUGGGAUACUAGUCUUGGAGCCCAGGCCGUGGCGGUUGUGGUUCGGAGUAGCAAAGUCACACUGUACUGGGGACAUCCAGGGGCCACAUCACUACAGUGCUGGUUGGGAGCCUCAAGCCUGCCUGGACUGAUGCGUAAAAUAAGCAUAAAUUAAACAUAAAUCAAGAAUAAAUUUAAAGAUUACAAAAAAAAAA